AUGUUUCCUGACUGGCAGGAGGAAACACUAAAGAACUUGUUGGAGUUGCAUGGUUCUGCAGAUGCUGUAGCCCUUCAUAUAACAACUGCAUCAACCAAUACUGAAAUGCCUCAAGAAACUUGUGAUAAUGGAUAUAAUGAUAUGAGUGUUAGUGACGACGAAGAAGAUGAUAAGCUGAUGAGACCCACUUUUGCUGCAGUAACACUUCCUUCAUUACUCAGUGGUUUAAGGGCAAAUCUCAGCAAUGAAAAAGUCAAACUAAAAGUGGACCAGGAUGACCUACUAAACGACGCCAUGGCGUUUUACAAAGAUACAGAUUUUGACCCUAGAUGUAGACUACGGGUCAUUUACAACGGCCAGCCAGCAGCUGAUACUGGAGGUGUCACACGUCAUUUCUUCACUCAGUUGUUAGGUUUGAUUGCAACUGAGUUUUUUGAAGGGGAACAAUACAAGAAACCCAUCUACAAUGCCAAUAUGGUUGCAUGCGGCAUAAUGAAGUUAUGCGGAACUAUUGUUGCGCAUAGUGUACUUCUCGGUGGUCCAGGCCUGCCAAUUUUCAGUCCAGGGAUAUAUCACUACCUGGCAACAGGGAAUUUAGAGGAAACAGUCUCAAAAGUAACCAUCGAUGACUGUUCUCUUCAAGUAAAGUCCUUCAUCGACAUGGCUGCACAGGCAGCAGAUGUAGCCACCCUUGAUGAAGAUUUGGUGCUGCAAAUGAUGGCAGACUGUGGUCUUACCUGCAAUUUGACUGUAAGUUCCUGGACAAGAUUUGAAUAG